AUGUACAAAUCCAAGACUGGACCCACAUCGAAAUCGAUGGGUUUCAAUCCAGAUCAACGGGCACGAAGCGCACACAGCAUCGGCAGAGAUGUGCGGCGUACACGAGUAUCCAAGGCCUGUGAGCGGUGUCGCCUAAAGAAGAUCAAGGUUCGCUUGUCAAUAAAUGCCGAAUCUGACUACCUCGGGCUAACAAAGCGGUCGUAUAAGUGUGAUGGCGAGCUUCCUUGUCAAAAGUGCAAAAACAAUGGCCAUGUAUGCACUCCCGGUCUCCGGAAGAGGACGAUUCACGUAGAGUAUAAACAAGUCCCUAAGAGUUAUGUUGAGUUCCUCGAGACCACCCACCUGGCCCUUAUCGGCAGCGUCCACAAGCUAUACACGAUGAUCCAGAAGAAUCAGCCUUGGGAUCUUGGGGACCCAGAACUGAAUGAUCAAGGCGAGCUGGUUAUCCACGAUGUGGCCAAGAAGCUAGGCUGCAUCGGCCCCAAUGGCGAAAUCGAACUGCCCAUUCAAUAUGAGCUGCCAACAACAGCUACCGGAAUGGCAAGACUCGCGGCCCACCCCGAACGACAACAAUAUCAGGAUGAGGACGAUGAAGAGCAUGACGAAUUUAAAGAAGCCGAUUCACCCAUGAACGACCACGCUAGUGAUGCCUCACCAUCAUCUGAACCGAUGCAGAGCAUCAAAACCGAAUUGGAAUCCCGCAAGGAAGCUUUUACUAGCUACAAUAACUCUAUUACACAUUCCCCUCAAAGCCUCUGCAGUGUUGAGGACUCGGAGCAUAGCCAUUCUGGAUCCGAUGGUGUUAACUCAUGCGUUACAUCAUCACCAAAUAUUCCAUCAAUGACAGACUAUACCGAUUCUUCUCUAUCGCAACCGGGAUCAGAACCUGACGAGAUAGCGGCUUUCCUUCAUCAAUACGGACAGACGCCAAAUAUGGGCACGUUAGACUGGGACUUUGACGAAUCCGAUUAUGCGCCCAAGGGUGACCUAUCGAUAAUACCAGAAUUUGGAAUGGAGAUGAAUAUCGAGGGCCAAAUGAUGCUUCCUGAAUACAAUGACCACUCAGCGUGGUUGUCUCAAACGUUAUCGGGAUGGAGGGAAGAGAAUCAGAUCUCUAUAGAGUCAUGA